GAUAUGGACGAUGUAGAUUUGGACCAGAUGGGCGAGCGGGAGGGAUACGUGCUGGACGCAAAUGUGUACCGCACGGAGCACGCCGGCGGCAAGGCGCUCAAGACUGCCACAGACGGUGUAACAAUCCUUAUUCCGCAGCCUUCAGACGAUCCCAAGGAUCCGCUCAACUGGUCCCAGUCCCGCAAAAACUUACUCCUCUUCAUCAUCUCCUGGGCGGCGUUCCUACCCGACUACGGCUCCGCCACGGGCGCGGUUACGCUCCUGCCCCAGAGCGCGAUCUGGGGCAUGACCCAGGACGAGGUCAACCACUCGCAGGUCGGGAAUGUGUUCAUGCUCGGCGCCGGCGGUGUGUUCGUAACAAUCUUCGGUGCCUACUUUGGCCGCCUUCCUACUCUCUUCUGGUUCCUCGUCAUGGCCUUCUGGACCGCGGCAUGGUGCGCUGGCAGCAACACAUUCAACGAGUUCAUGGCCGCUCGCAUUCUUAAUGGGUUCUUCUCGACUGUCGCACAAGGGGGAGGCUUGAUGUUCCUCAAGGAUCUCUUCUUCUUCCACGAGCAUGCGAGGAAGAUCAACAUCUGGUCCUCGUUCAUCAUAUUGUCGCCGUACUUCGGUCCCCUCAUCGCUGCUUUCAUCAUCAACACCGUUUCAUGGGAGAUCCCCUUCUGGGUGUUCACGGCCAUGACGGGAUUUGCACUGAUCAUGGUCAUUCUCUUCGCCGACGAGACAUACUACAAUCGGCACAUUCCCCUGUCUAAGCAACCGCCUCGCACCUCGCGGCUCAUGCGACUCAUCGGUGUGGAACAAAUGCGCACCAACCUGAUUGGAAACACGUUUGCCGAGGCAUGUUGGCGGCCCAUCAAGGUGCUCACACGCCCUACCGUGUUCCUCUGCGUAAUCUACUACCUGUUCACAUUCGCUUGGGUUGUCGGUAUCAACACUACCCUCGCGAUCUUCGUCACCCCGCUGUACAACUUCGGACCAAAGCAGAUCGGGUUCUUCUAUUUUACCCCUAUCGUGGCCGCUAUCCUCGGCGAACUGGUCGGUCACUGGCUACACGACUUCAUCGCGAACAUAUAUAUGAAACGCCACAACGGCCACUUCGAGCCGGAAGCACGAUUGAUUGCGAUCUACAUCGCGGAGCCCUUCAUGAUCGGCGGUCUCAUAGGACUGGGAUUUUGCCUCGAGCGCGGACUCCAUUUCAUGAUCACGUCGGUCUGUUGGGGACUGUACGUAUUUGGGAUCAUGAUAGCCACAGUGGCACUCAAUGCAUACGGCCUCGAUUCAUAUACCGAGGCGAGUGGAGAGAUCGCCGCGUGGAUAAACGCAGCGAGGACUACAGGAGGCUUCGCAAUCUCCUAUGGUCAGGUGCAGUGGGCACAAAGCACGGGUACAGAAGUCAGCUUCGGCACCCAGGCCGGUAUUUGCGCCGCCGUCUUCCUCAUCAUCAUUGUACUGCAGAUUUUUGGCAAGAGGAUGAGGCAGUGGGCCGGACCCCUCCAUUUCAAGACGAAUUAG